CUUUUCUUGUUCUUAAAGAUGUCUACAGUUCAAUGGAAUUCACAUUUUACAAUUAAAGCAGCAAAAGAAUUAGACCAAGGAGAUAAGAUUGUAUUACCACCUUCUGCACUUGAACAGCUUCUACAACGAGACAGUUCCGAACUGCCUUCUCCUCUCACUUUCGAACUACGCCACCCUCAUACAAGUGCCACCCUUCACUGUGGUGUCAAGGAAUUCUCGUCUGAGGAUCAUACAGCACUUGUGCCCGACUGGAUGCAAAAGACACUGGGCCUUGACAACGGCGAUCGUGUCUUGAUCCGUUUACAGGAACUACCCAAAGGCACUUGGGCACGUUUAUUACCUAUCUCGCAUGAUUAUCGUGAUAUUACAGACUAUCGAGCAGCCUUAGAAGCACAUCUAAGAUCGCAUUAUCAGACAUUGACAAAAGGACAAAUCUUGUCUUGUCCAUAUGGAGCACGUACUUAUGAAUUUCAAGUGACGGACUUGAAGCCACAAGAAGCUGUCUCGAUUACAGACACAGAUUUAGAAGUUGAUAUUGAACACACCCAUACAUCAGCAAAUGAGCCCAUUGGUUUAAACCAAGUUGUACAGACAGCCGUAUCAAAGGGUGAAUACAACUAUUGGAAAUUAGACAUUGCCGAACCAUGUCAGUCCGUUGUACUCCAUAUGCAUAUCAACCAAGGCAAUGCAGAUAUUGUGGCAAGUGAUACAGAGAAAAGGCCUACUCUUGAUAACCAUACAUGGUCUGAAUUGAGCUCAAAAGAAGAAAAGCAACUACCACUCGACAAUAUAUUAGCGCCUACUACACUCUAUAUAGGCAUUCAUGGAUACAGCGAAACGACAAGUUUAUCUUGGCAAGCCAGUCUACCAAAAGAUCAAUCUUGGAUACCCAGACAAGAGGAAGACACCUCAGGUAAGGUACAAUGCAAGAAUUGUCAUGCUUGGAUUCCUCCUUCAUCCCUGACACUGCACGAAACCUUUUGUUUACGCAACAAUGUGCUCUGUCCUUGGGGAUGCGGCCAAGUAUUCAAAAAAGGCAGUCAAGAAUUGCAAGAACACGGCCAUUGUGAUCAGUGCGAAUUUAUUUCGAAUUCGCAGCAAGAACAAGAAAAGCAUUUUGACUACUGUCAUACGCUGAAAACAUGUGUCUGUACUCAGUUUGCAACUCCUUCUUAUGAAACACUAGCGGAGCAUAGACGGACAAUUUGUCCAGAAAAGCUAAUUAUGUGUCGGUAUUGUCAUAUCCUUACAGCUCAAGGUGUACAAUCAUUAGAUUCAAGAGAUAGAUUGCUUGGACUACAUUCGCAUGAGAGCUAUUGUGGAUCACGCACCAUUGUCUGUCAGAAAUGCAAUAAACCUAUACCCAUCAAAGACGUUCAAGUCCAUGCAAAGAUUCAUGAAAUCAAGAGACAACAACAAACCUUACCCCCUUUUUGCGCUAAUCGAAACUGUAUUCGUCCACGAGCAACCAAUAAGAAUCGACUGGGUUUCUGCCAAUAUUGUUUCGGUCCGUUCUGGAUCACGGAAGAUGACCCAAAAAAUACUAAAUUAAUACAGCGUAUUGCUCGCAAAUUACAUUCCCAAUUAACAGUCGGAUGUGGUCAUGAUUGGUGUAGAAAUAAGUAUUGUGCUUCUUGUAACAAAGAACCCAAGGACGCUACAACAGCUGCAAGUUUAUUAAUUCCAAUGAUUAAGCCAUUGCCCCGUGAAUUAAGCUUACCUCAACCCAAUCCCGAACUGCAUCUUUGUGUAGAUGAGACCACCACUCGGAAAAAAUUUCUAGCUGAAUUUUUAAUGGAAACAACACAGCAUUAUGAAUUAGGCUGGUGUGUGAAAGCCAUUGAGGCAGAACAAGAAGAUUUAGAUAGAGCUCAAGCUUGGUUAGAUAGAAAUGCACCCAGAAAAUAAACGGUUAUAAAUGACAAGAAUUCCUCAUUUGUAAAUCAUCAAAUGGUAUAUAGAGUUAAUUGUGCCUGAAAUGGUGCCAUCAUUAUCCCUUGAAAGGC